AUGGACAGUAAUUUGGCUGAAGUAUGCUUUGCCCGAAUAUUCUUGUCUUUGCUGCUUAAUUUUGGAGGCACUUCAAUUGCUGUGUACAAACAAUGGAUUCCAAACACAAAUUUUGAAAAUGCUUCUAACUGGGAUCAAAAUCGAGUUCCAUGUGCCAAGGAUGUCAUCCUUUUUGGAAGUAGUAAGAUUGUAUCAGUUUUUGUCCAGGCAUCCCACUCCUUGACAGGCAUGUAUCUUCCACUGAACGGAGAAUUCAUUCUGGCCCCUGGUGCUGGGUUUGCAGCUUUCGAUGGCAAUUACAAUCCAGGAUGUGAGACAGCUUCAGAAGUCUCAUUUAAUAGUGCAGAGAAUUAUGAGUGGUAUGAUCCUACAUUAUGGCAUGCUGCAACCUCUUUGGAAAACUUAGAUCUGGGCAAAUACAUUUUCCUCGUGGAUGAAGAACGGGUUCCGUGCCAGUACGAUGAUGUUAUUUUUCAGCCUGAAACAUCCUUCCGAGUGAACAUCAAUUCUGAGCAGAUGAUACAACUUAAGAGCAUUUCAAUCAUGGGGCAGAACUUCACCAGUGACAGUGCCCUGACAGAAUAUAUGCAGAGCUCUUCUGCAAAGCUUCAGUUCCAAGGGCAAGGGAAAGUCCAGUUAUCACAUACCAGAUGUCCAGACAGAUCUGGCUGUGAAUGUGGAAAUUCAGCAGCCCAUGAGAGAAUCUGUGCUGCCUUGCUCCAGAAUUCCAGGAAUCAAUGUCCAGAGGUUACGUGCAAAGAUGCAAUAAAGCCUGAUGGUCACUGCUGUGAAAUAUGUGGGGUCAUCAUUACCUUAAAAUACUCUGCUGAUUUUGACAUUGAACUCUAUCGAAACAGAAUAUUCCACACUUUUCUGAAUCUGCCCAGGAAUAAUGGUAUUCAGAUGGCCAUGUCCAAGGUGCAAAAAUUGCAGACUCCCUUGGGAAUUGUGCCACGUGGCUUAGACUCAUUCAUCCAGAUUGUGCUAAUUGACAAUAAAACGGGACCCUAUGCUGGGAUUCAUGCUGAACAGCUGGCUAAUGACAUCAUGAAGGAUAUAGCAGAGCAUGGAAAAUUCUUAGGCAUUGUGACAGCCAACCUACAGGUAGCCACUGGCAGCACUCAUGGAAUCAGCAGCCACACUAUUGCUACAAUUGCUUGGAUUGUCAUAGGAAUCCUCCUUGCCUUGCUCUUGUUGGGAAUUACUCUGCUUCUUCAUAAAAAUGACGCAUUAAGAUCUCUCUCUUCUUGGCACCUUUUCUCUUUGUGGAACCGAAAAAAGGAUCAAGAAGGUUUUGAAGGGACCAUUAAGGAAGGGUUUGAUAAUCCCAUGUUUGACACACCGUGUAACCCAGCU